ACUAAGGGGUCUAUACGCACUCUGUUUAAGACAUUGAAGCUUCAACAUGUAUUUGUAUCUAUUGUCCUGCGUACUUUUGGCGCUGGUUGGUGUAAACGGUGACACUCGCAGCGUUUGGGACGAAGGAUUCCAGCCGAGCCUUCGAGAGGUUUUGAACUGGAGCCAGUUGGACUUUCAGUUUCCGUCCCAAGUAGCCCGCAAUCAGGCCAUCGCCAACGGCAAUUUUGUAGCCAACUUGUCCAUGGUGCCAAUUGGCGUUGCAGCUGCCGGAGACCGCAUCUUUCUGGCCAUUCCCCGUUGGAGAAGCGGUGUGCCUGCUACUUUGGCGUACGUGCGCUUCCCCAGUAACACGACGUCUCCCCUGUUGGUGCCCUACCCGAGCUGGGAAUUAAACAGAUUGGGCAGUGGCUGCAACAGCAUCGUUUCAACACUCAGGGUCAAGGUGGACGAGUGCAACAGACUCUGGUUAGUAGACUCCGGUGUCGCCGCCGGCCGGAAAUACUGCAACCCUAAAGUGACUGUCAUCGACCUCAACACUGAUAGAAUCCUUCAAACUCUCUACUUGCCAUCAGGUGCCCUGAAAGAAGAUUCUUCGUUUGCCAAUAUCGAGGUCGAGUACCCCAAUGGUACCUGUGGAAGACACAACGACGCAGUGCUCUACAUAGCUGACAACAGACGAUUUGCCCUGAUCGUAUAUGAUUUAAAAGCGAAUAAAGCGUGGAGGGUUACUGACAAGACUAUGUACCCUUCACCUGAAGAGGGCACCAUCUACGUUGCUGGCGAAAAUUUUGAGUUGAUGGACGGCGUCAUCGGACUGGCCCUCGGGCCAAAAUCGAACACCAGUGCUGGAAGGACUCUUUAUUUCUCCGCCCUGACGAGCAACCAGCAGUACUGGGUGAACACCUCCGUCCUCCGCAAUGAGUCUUUGGCCAACAACUCACCGACGGACUUCAUCAAAGGCUCUCAGCCGCGACCUGGACAGAGCGCAGGAUACGACAUGGACAAAAAUGGCAUUCUCUUCUUCGGUUUGGUCAACCGCGAUGCUUUGGCUUGUUGGAACACAAGAAAAACGUUCGAUCCAACGAGAAUUGCAAGGCUGGCGCAAAACAACGACACAAUGCAGUUUAUUUCCACAGUCAGCGUUGAUCAAAGCCAACGCCUAUGGGCGCUAUCCUCGCGAUACCACAAGUAUUUUCUACGCACCAUGGACCCCACAGAAAUCAACUUUAGAAUUUUCAUGGCUGAAUCAACAACGGACCUGAUUAAAGGCACUGUCUGCAUGAGUGAAAGAUGCGACUUGAAUCCGCAGUAGACACCUGUAUCAUAAGUUUAUCCUUUUGAAAAUAGAUAAAUUUCAUUAGUUUAGGCUGCCUCUCCAAAUUAUGUUGACAUGUUAAGAAGAUUAUAAAAUAAGUAGAUCAUAUGAUAUGAGUUAUUGUGAUGGAUGCAUUUAAUUAAAAUACUUUUAAUUGAA